CGUAGUUCAAACAUUAUCAAACUCAAGGGCUUUAGAACUAUAUAUAUAUUUGUACGAGUAUCGGGUACUUAACUCAAUAUUUGGUUAUACGUUGGUGAGAUGUGUUCCUGUUAAGUUUGCGAUUGCCUUCUCGUGGUAUUGAGAUAUUGAGUGCAAAUCUUGUCUAACUGUUGCUGACACGAUUGCUCGACCUUAUAAAACACUCUGUUUGUAUCUCAGCUUACUUCAAAUAUAAUUGACAGCGAAGAUCAACUGAAAAGGUACCAGAGCUGGAUUAUGGCUUCCUCGGGUUCAGCUUUCGCGCCUGUAAGGAACAGUUCUGUUUCUUCUGACGAUUCUGAUGUGAAGACGACGAUUCAUUUUCCAAAAGCCGAGAGUUCAUUCAAUACUGUACCAAAUUUUGUUCCUUGGUGGAAUAAAGAAGCGGAGUCCCAUCUUCUUAAACCACCAAUGUGGUCUUGGUGGGGUUUGCAGAACCAAAGACUGCCCUCAAUGUACAGAUUUGCUUCAUUUUCAAACGCAUCUGAUGACGAGAAGCCAACUCAGUCCUACAUUGGUCUGAUUGCAGAGGCAAUUCUAAGCUCUCCUGAAGAAAAACUUAUCCUCAGUGAUAUUUAUGGAUUCAUCCUUGGGAAUUAUCCAUACUUCAGAAACAAGGGGACGGGAUGGAGGAACAGCAUUAGACACAACCUUUCUUUGAACGACUGCUUCGUGAAAGCUGGAAGAAGCCAAAAUGGAAAGGGACACUUUUGGGCCAUCAAUCACUUGUAUCUCGAUGAUUUCAGGAGGGGAGACUUUCGACGGAAGAGAGCCUACAAAAGACCUAACAGAGGCAAGAAGGCGCGAGCCAAGUUGGAUGCCUUGAUCAGAAAGAGAGAAUCAAGCUGCCAAGAAUAUUUGGCCCCAAAAAGCUCACCCGGAAAGAACAUACAGAAGGAUCAAAACUCUUGUGAAAGUGAUGCUCAGAAAGAAUUGCACGAGAGAGGAUUCGAUGAUGAAAGAAAUAUGGAAGGUAUAAAAGAGAAAGACAACUAUAUGGAACAAGCCCACUUGCCCGAAUCACCUUCUCUGCAUGAACACGAGAGAGUUGUUCCAUCCUCGCCGGAAUGGAUCUCGGCUGCGGAUGAAUACCAAGACGUUGAUGUCUGCAGCACUGAGUUUGAAAAAGGGACUCCCAAAUCUAUAAACAUUGAUUCACCAAAAAAUGGUGCCGAAAAGAAAGAAGGCAAAGAAAGACGAGACGAGGCAAGAAGAAGCAAAUCUUUUGAUAUGGACAGGUUGUUAGCUCCCGAAAGAAGCGCGAAAGAGUUCGGGAUUUUUCGGGAGAUGUACCCGAUGUAUUAUAAUAUUAUGAAUCUUGGCAUGAGAAAUUUGGAGCCAGUUGAUUGUUAUGGAGUCCCGACAUCAUUCUGUAGCCAUUGCUGCUCUAUGUUUGGAUCACAUCAACCGCCUCAUAACGAAACAAGGCACCUGUACAACGCCAUGCCACCGUCUGUAACAAAGUCUUAUGUUUCAAGUGAAUUCCGAUAGAUAUAACCCUUCUUGACACAGCUUUGGGCAAAGUCUUUACCCUGCACUGUACGCCUGUGGAUAAAAUUAACUAUGGAAAAACUUAGAGAGAUAAAUUUAUGGAGGAAAAAAGAAAAAGGAGACGGAGAAGGAGAAAGGAGAAAGGAGAAAGAGCAAGAAAAGGAGAAGUAGAGAGACUGACAAGGAAUAGAAAUAGCAGAAGAACGAUUUAACAAACAAAGAAAAAUCUUUAUUUAAAUUCAUAGAAAACUACAACUUUAGUGAGACCAAUCACUGAAAACGGCGACAAACUGCUUUUCCAAGUCGAACUGAACUAAAGUGAAUCGGCCAUCUCGAUUCUAAAUGAUAAAGCAAUUAACUAUCAUUAACACACGUAAUGUAUCUAUAUGUAAUUAUUUUAAGCGUUUAAUUUUCCCCCCAAUCUAAAUAGAGCUCGUCAAAGGAGCAAAUAUGUGCAAAUUCUUGUACAAAUUUAGGCUGUUUCUGUUAUUUAUAGAUUAUAUAUGUAAUGACUAAUUCUAGAGCUUCUAUUUUUCUUUAAUUUUCAAGCAACGAUGCGAAAUUUCAAGACUAAAUCUGGUCUUUUGAGUUCUAGUGGUGUAGCUUGUUUUUAUAGAACUUGAAGCAAAUCCUUUUUGUAAAUUACACAUAAUUUUAGCACUGACAAAAAGGCGUGUACAUCAUAAUAAUUGAUGAUUAUUGAUGAUUAGAACAAACCAACUUCUACCUAAAGCAGUCAGUAAAACCCUUGUUUUUAGUUGA